GUCUCUGGAGGCGGAAGGAGCGCCGAGUAAACUGCUGUCCCGUGCUGUGUGAGGACAUGGAGCCGCAGUGACCGCUGUCAGUGUACCAGGCGCGGGGCAGGAUGUUUGAGAACUUGCGGGAGCGGUUACUCACCGUGCAGCAGGACCUCACUAGCGGGUUUAAAAACUUGAGCGAGAAGUCGCGAGAAGUGAAGAUUAAGAAGCAGCGCAGGGCAAUCGAGCACAUACCAAAGUUCCCAGGAGGUUCAGAACUUCUGAGCAGAUAUGAGGAUACCUGGGCUACCCUUCAUAGAGGAGCCAGAGAGUGUGCCAAAAUUGGCGAGCAGGUGGAUAGUGAAGUGGUGAUGCUGUCCGCCCACUGGGAGAAAAAGAGAACAAGUCUAGUAGAAUUGCAAGAGCAGCUGCAACAAAUGCCAUCCUUUCUUGCCAAUUUGGAGUCUGUAACUUCUAAACUGGUUAUGCUGGAAAGUAGCUUUGCAGAUGUUGAAAGAGGCCUGUCUGAGCUGGAGGAGAUGUGCGAUCAGUGUGAAUUACAGAGGUUUAAGCAAAGGCAGUGUGUGCAGCUGGAAGACUAUAAGAAAAAGAAGAGGAAAGAACUUGAAAACAUCAAAGCUGAGCUGGAUGCAGAGCAUACCCACAGGGUUCUGGAAAUGGAAUAUGCCCAGCAGAUGAAAUUGAAGGAACGACAGAAGUUCUUUGAGGAAGCAUUUCAGCAAGACAUGGAACAGUACCUGUCUACUGGAUAUCUCCAAAUAUCAGAAAGACGAGAACCAAUUGGGAGCAUGUCAUCAAUGGAAGUCAACGUGGACAUGUUGGAACAGAUGGACUUGAUGGAUAUGUCCGAUCAAGAAGCCCUUGAUGUGUUCUUAAAUUCUGGAGGAGAGGACAACAGUGUACUGUCCCCUUUGAUAGGCCCUGAUUAUGACUCCUGCCACAGCGAAAUAACUCUUCAGGUCCCCAGCCAAUCUGAGCUGAGACACAAACUUUCUUCCUUGUCUUCUACAUGCACUGACUCUGCCAGUCAAGAAAAUAGUGAAGAUGGAGAAGAGUCUCCUGUCGUUCAGUCAGAUGACGAGGAUGUUCAUGCUGAAUCAGUGUUAGCCGGUGUAGCAGGCCAUGGCACUACAGCAAAUUCCGACCCUAGUGAUGAAAGUGAUGAGCACGCCUGAACACACAUUUAUCUUUGACCAGUUCCUCUGUGUGCGGAUUUCCCAAAAGCUUUUACUAAUUUACCUUAAAAACAAUAUUUUUUACAUGCAUUCAUGGACAUUGUACUUGCUCUUUUACACAGAUUGUGCAUACAAAUAAGUUUUAUGGAUAUACAAAUGUUAAUAGUACAUUUUCUACCACUGGAGUGGAAAAGGUGGGAGAAGAACCAUAUUUGAAUUAUCAACUUGUUUUACUUAUGUAACUUGGUUUUGUUUUUUAGCAAAACAACUGAUUGAAUAGCUUCAAUAUUCUGCAUGCUAAACAACAAAUGAACUUAAUUUGUAUUAUUAAAUAUUUAAUGUUCCCAGGUGCCAUGAAAAUAUAUAUUAUUUUUCUUCAGCAGAUAGACCUUUGCAUAUAUGGAACAAUAGGAGCUUUACCUAAAAUAAAUGCUAUCUAUAUUUUAACAGCUCAGUAUGCAGUGCGAAUAAGAAAUUAGCAGAAAAUACAACUGAGAAGGAGUACCGUAAGUACAAUCAUCCUGCUAUUUUGAACUGGCUUCUUUAUAGCAGAUGUUGAUUGAGGGGAAUAAGGAAUAAGCUUGAGCGGCUCCUUUCACUUACAUAGUAUUAUUUCUUUUUCCUUCAUUAGUUAUUUUUUACUGCACCAGUGGUUGGCCUACCAAAGAAAUGGUUUUAUACUCCCAUGAUCAUAUUGAGUAUUAGUGGAAACAUACAUUCUGGAUUUGCAAUGCUGUACCAAAUCCAUACGUAAUUUUAAAUUAGCCAAAUUAAAAUUAUUUGAUUUACCCCAGUGAAGAUCAUGCGAUUAUUUAAAACGAAUUUUUGAUAUAUUUGAGAUGAAGUCUGGUUGGGGAGAAAUAAGCCCACAAAUAAUUUGCCCAGCAAUUUUUGGUGUCUGUCCUCACUUGACAUAUACAGACUUGCACUAUAUCUAAACAUAUUGCAGUAAUAUUCUACUCCACUUAUAAUAUGAUUGCUUGCUUUUUUCUACCGUU